ACUUUGCUUGUCCCGAAAGUCGCAGAGCGAGCUACAAGAAGAAGCGAAACACACCCAGAAGAAGAAGAAGAACAACAACGAAGUAAACAAUGGAGUCUGAGAAAAAGAUAGCUCAUGAGAUCGGUGGUGUCAAAAACGACGCUCUUCGAUUUGGUCUUCACGGCGUUAAGAGCAACAUCAUCGGAUCUCACCCACUCGAAUCGUCAUACGAAUCUGAAAAGAAAUCGAAAGAGGCGUUGAAGAGGACGGUCAUUGCGCAUGCCUACGGGACUGCACUUCCGUUGAAGAUGGAUAUGGAUAGGCAAAUUCUCUCAAGGUUUCAGAGACCUCCUGGACCAAUUCCGUCGUCGAUGCUCGGUUUAGAAGUCUACACGGGAGCUGUGGAUGACUUUGGUUUUGAGGAUUACUUGAAUGAUCCUCGUGAUUCCGAGACAUUCAAGCCGGUAGACUUCCACCACGGGAUGGAAGUUCGUCUUGGCAUCUCAAAGGGACCGAUUUACCCAAGUUUCAUGUAACCCUUCAUGGGUGGUUUUUUUUAUCGGUUGUUUUUGGAUCAUGACUCAUCGUGUAUGAACUUAUUUCAACCUUAGACUUGUAUUCUCUCUUGAGUUAAGUUUGAAAUCAGAUGAAACAAUGAUGAAUAUGAUUGAACAAUCAAUUCUAGUAUAUGUUAAAACUUUGAAAGAAUAUUGUCAAAUGAAGGAAUCAUCACGUAUCCACUCAA